CUUGCUCAUUUGCGAAACUCAUGACUUAAAACGACAUAUAACAGCAACCAUGUCUCAAUCAUCCAAUAGAACACUAUCCGCCAUCCCCACCAAUCAAUUCACCACCCCUUCCCGCCCACUUACCUUUCUUGUCACAGGCUGCUCAUCCGGCCUCGGCCUAUCCCUAUGCCGUGCCAUCCAAUCCGCAGGCCACGUCGUCAUAGCGACCAGUCGCAACCCAUCUCGAACCCCGUCUCUCGUCUCCGAGAUUGAGGGCGCCGGUGGUCUGUGGCUGCCUCUGGACGUCGACAGCCCCGAUGCCGGCAAGGCGCUCAUAGACGGCCUCGAGGAGGAUGGCACCGUUAUUGAUGUUUUGAUCAACAAUGCCGGCUGGUCGAUACACCACGCCGUGGAGCAGUUUGACGAGUCCGAGGUGCGCGACCAGUUCGAGACGGUGUUUUUUGGGCCCUACAGGCUCAUCAGGGCGGUCGUGCCCCACAUGCGAAGGAGACGCUUUGGCGUCGUCGUCAAUAUUAGUUCCGGGGCUGGGUUGGAGGGCCGGGAGAGCAUGGGUAUCUACGCGGGGGCCAAGGCGGCCAUGGAUGGCGUCUGCAAGGUCCUCGCCAAGGAAGUGGCCGAGUUCAACGUGCGCGUGGUCACCGCCUACCUGGGCACUUUUGGCACCAACAUGGCCAACGCGGCGCGUACCGGCGCCACGCCUCUCGCCGACGACUACAAGGGCACCACGGUGCACGACAUGGUCAACCUCAUGUCGUCGGGAACCUUUAAGCCGGCGGGGGACGCGGAUAAGGCGGCCAAGGUCAUCGUCGACGUCGUUCUCGGCGUGGGCGUUGGCGAGGGGCGACAGGGCGAGACGGCGCUGCCACUGGGGCCGGAUGUGCUGCCCAGGUUGGAGCUCAUCAGGGAUCGGAUGGUGCAUGCGCUCGAGGUUUUUGGGGCUGCGGCCGAGUCGACGAGGGCUGACUAGGUUUUUUUUUUAGACCAUGUCGGUUCUGCUUUGAUAGACAGACAGUUGGCGUUUUUUUUUUGGUAGGCGAUUCAAUAAGAGACCCCCAAGUCAAACUGCUCAGAAAAACACGCAAGAAUUCAAAUUUCUUCGCUGAAACAUUUUCCAUUUUUCUUCACUCCCAACCGACCAUCAAAACCAUUACCAUCCCCUCGUCUUGAUGUAAAUAUCCACCACCUCAUCCUCCUUCCCUACCCUGUCCGAAUCCACAACAAAAUACCACCCAAAAUGACUGCUCGUGAUGCACGCAUGGUUGGGCCACAGUCGAAUCUUUUGCCCGACCGUAAACUCAUCCACGUUCGCCCCAUCACCACUCUUCCCCCUCCAGGUCAGAAUGCCAUGCUCCUGCGCGAACCGCCCAACCAUCCAGCCCCCGUAGUCCUCGACGUCGCACUCGGGCAGCGCCAUGGGCUUCCCCGCGGCGUCCGUCCUGCCCCACGGCGACACGACCGCCAUGCCCGGGUAGGCCUUGCAAAACUCCCUCCCGAGCGCCAGGCCUCCCGCACCGCACAGCGCUUCGGACCUGCCCUCGUCGCCGCGGCCAGGGUAGACGCUGCAGACCUCGGCCAGGACGGUCAGGGCUACGUCGCGCCACGACAGCGCCGAUUUUGCCAUCGAACGCGCCGCCAGCUGCUGCAUGUCCAGCAGAGGGUACACGCCGGCGUGGAUCUCGGUGACGUGUCCCUUGUCCUGUACGUCCUCCAGCAGCGCGCCUAGCUCCAGCACCGCGGCCAUCAACUCCUGCGACACGGCCGCGCCGCCCUUGUCGUCGAUCCCCACCUCGCUCAUCAUCUGCUCCAUCUCGCCAGACAGCAAGUUCUGCACCGCCAGCGCCGUGGGCGAUGCACCAGCAGACAGCACCAGCGGCGGCAGUUCCUUACCCGCUCCAACCGCCCUCGUCUGGACGACCGCAUCGGCAGCCUGCACCAACGCCCCGAUCUCAGCGGCCAUCAUGGCCACCGCGGCGGCCCGGCUGUCCCCUGCGUACGAGUGCCCGGCGUGCGAGUACAACCCGCUCAAAACAACGGCUCCCGCAUCGUGCGCCCGCAGCGCCGCCUCGACAACGCCCGCAAACGCCGCGCUCUCGAGCUGCACGCCCGCCCGCCUGCCACCCAUGUCGAUUUUGAUGUAGGCGUGCGGGACGACGGGGGCGUCAGCACCACCCGCUGCGGCCCGCGCAAACUUUUCCAAACACUCGAGCUGGGCCGGGUGGUCGACCAAGACGCUGAUGCUGCCGUCGCCCAGCUCCCUCCCGACGGCCGACAGCCUCGCGAGCUGGCCCGGCGGCAGCGGCAGGCCGUACAGGACGUUGACGGCCCUGCCGCGGUCCCUGUACUCGCGCAGCAGCGGCAGCAGGAACUCUGCCUCCUCCAGGGUGGAGACGACGAUGCGAGCGGGACCGUCGUCGUUGUCGUUGCCGACCUGCAGGCGCGUGACCUCGGCCGUCUUGUGCGUCUUGACGUGGGCGCGCCAAUGCAGGCCCAGGUCCCGGGCGCACGACAGCAUGCGGGCGCAGUUGCGCCGGACGGCGGCCACGUCGAGCACGGCGGCCGGGGUCGGGAGGUAUGAGAGUGACUGGCCUACAUAUUGUGAAACGAGAGCGUCGCGCGGGGAGGAGGGGUAUAGACGUGGUGGUGGUGGUUGGGACAUGGUAUAGGUUUUUUUUUUUUUUUUUUUUUUUUUUUUUUUUUUUUUUUUUUUUUUUUUUUUUUAACUUUUUGUUUUUAUUUUGCUUUUGUUUCUU